ACAUGCAUAACUUUCUCCGACUUUCUAGGACAUGUUUUAUGCCACUUCUUUUUCUGUCUCAUUUUGUCCACCACACUUUUAACGUUGUGCAUGAGUGCACAAAGAUUGAUGACAGUCUGACACCUGACCAAGUAGUCCGGGCAUGCUUCACUUCAGUCAGCCUUGUCUCCAGUAUUUCCUUCAAUGCUGUCAUUGCCGAAAUUUACCUAAACAAUGGUGAUGUAGAUUUACGGUUUGCACGCCGUGCAGAGUACCAUUUUAAUGACGAGACCUUCGAGAUGGGACGGACCUUGAUCACAGAAGGUGUGUCUGCUGUCAAGGCCAGUACAAACAUGGGAAACUUAAUCACGGCACGCUCUGUUCUUGGUGAAGUACUUCACACUUUGCAGGACUUCUACAGCCACAGUAACUGGGUGGAGUUGGGGAACACGGCUCCUUACGAUGCCUUGAUCACACCUGCCCUACGUCUUGAAAAUCUAACUGGCCCAACUGUUCCAACUUGUACAAACUGUAUAAGUGAAGACUGUACCGACAACAUUUUGCCUGCUGUGCUGAAUGACGGCCUUCUCACAUCUGGUUUCUUUGACAGAUUGUCCUCAAAUAAGCCGGAAGGUAAAUGCAGCCAUGGAGGUCCUCUAGACUUGACAAGCACACAGGAACCAGUGGGGGGCAUCAACAAGGACAACUUUGACUCCGACCAUGGCUUUCUUCACCAAGAAGCAGCUGAUUUGGCUCUGACAGCUAGUUUGGAUCUUCUCGAGGACAUCAGACUAGGUGUAGGAGACCAGGACUUUUUACGGCUGGUAGGCGUUUUUUCCGCCCCUGUGCUAUGUUUUGUCAUCGACACAACAGGCAGCAUGGGUCCGGAAAUAGCUGAAGUAAGGAGAGUUUCCAAUGAAAUCAUCGCAAGUCGGCUUGGAACUGGUCUGGAACCUCCAUUCUACAUAUUGGUUCCUUUCAAUGAUCCAGCAUUUGGACCUGCGCUACAGUCGUCCGAUGCAGCCCUUUUUAUGGAUCGUAUCAAUGCGCUCACUGCCAAUGGAGGAGGUACUACGCCGGAGUUAAGCUUGUCUGGAUUGCAGCUUGCCCUAACUACGGCUCCGCCCUUUUCUGAGAUCUUUGUCUUCACUGAUGCUCCAGCAAGAGACAUUGGAUUGAGACCCACCAUCCUUGCCCUCAUAGCGAACACCAGGUCAAGGGUGACGUUCAUGCUAACAGACGUCCUUAAUCGAAGGAGAAAAAGAGACCUUCAAGAGGAUUCCAUAGCCAUCGCCGUGGUGACUGUUUUUCAAGAUGUGAAGAAUCCCGGAGCGGCCUGUAAUUUCUCAUUUUUCAUCGAUGACACACUAAGCAACAUAACUAUCCUCCUCACAGGAGUGCCAUCUCUCAACUUCACCCUCCGCAGCCCCACCGGUGCAACUCAGAACUCCAGUGGGGUCAGUGAACCUCUGGCAUCUUUCAGCUUGGCAAGUAACCUCAGACGACUGAGGCUCAACAACGAUAGUGAGACCGGACUGUGGGAAAUCAGUGUAAACUCCACCGAUCCCUACUCUGUAAAGGUCAUAGGUCAAAGUUCAUUGGACUUCAUCUACAACCUCGUGGAAGUCAGGGAUGGAGCCUCCACAGACUUCUUUCGGCUAGAAGGCCGACCUAUUUCAGGCGGUAACGUCAGCCUCUUGGUCACACUGACAAGAAGUGACGGUGUAAGUGUCACACAGAUCGCACUGUUAAACACCUUGGACGGAACAGAGGUCGACGGGACAUUGCAGGCAAUAACAAACUCAACCUACGUGGUGACGUUCAGUAACAUUACAGGAGGUACUUAUGUGGUUCUACUGAGCGGAGAAACAAGCAACUCAACGUCAAGGAUGACGCCAGGCAGCUUCCAGAGACAGGCCCCCACUCAAAUCACAACUUCCAACAUUGUUGUCAAUAUUCUAUCCAACACCACCGUCAUGGAACCCGGCUCUAACCUCACCAUCCCCUUCACGGUCGCCCUGAUCACCAAUGGCGUCAUAGACCAAAGCGCAAUGGAGACGUUCAGGGUGACCGCCACCAACGACCGCGGCUUCCCCCAAGUAUCGCCCCGCAAUGUCACCAUAGGACCCGACAGCGGCGGGAUUGCCAACGGCACCGUGACUCUCAUCACUCCUCUGAAUGCGUUGUCGGGAACGGACGUGACGCUCACCAUUGCGGCGGAGGACGCAGCUGCCGUCAAUAGUAACAAUGUCGUACUUAGGUUUCCAGUGUUCAGGGUGACAGAUAUCAGUGCGCCAGGGUGCCUGGUGAGUACAUCCAGCAACUGUCCUGCAAAUGAAUCAAUCUGCAAAUACUUUGUGUGGGACUUCAUGGCCAACGUGACCGACGGCAUCAAUGGGACGGACGUUGAAAUCACCGUCCUUGAAGGGAACGGCACCCUCGAGACGAGCACAGAGGUCGGGCCAGACGGCGAGAACGUCACUGUGGUCUCCUACACGGCCUCCUGCUGUGCAAGCCAAGCGGUGCUGUCCGCUGUGGACAACGCGGGAAACGUGGGCCGUUGUGUGGGCCAGGCCAGAGAGUCGGACCUUGAAAUUGUCCCGCCGGUGUGCCAGGGGGUCAAUGCCACCGCCUGCCCUACCGACGUGUCUCUCUGCGACUCCUCCCAGUGGUCGUUUGUCGUCAAUGUGACCGACAACAACGGGACGGGCAUCGCAAACAUCACCAUCGCUUUAGGGAACGGCACCCUCAACACCAGCACGGCGGUCGGGCCAGACGGCGAGGUGGUCAGCGUGGCGUCCUACACGGGCUCCUGCUGUGCGGAGACAGUUGUGCUGGCCGCCGCGGACAACGCAGGAAACGUGGGCUUUUGUUCGGUUAAUGCCGGAGAAGUCGUGGAUGCCCCGCCCCCGCCCCCACCCGUCGUCAUAACUGAUGAAGGCGAGGAGGACGCCGCGCCAACCGGCGGGCAAACCCUCAACACGCUUUCUCAUCUCUGCAUUGCUGCUGUGGUUCUCUUGCUUUGGAUAUAA